AUGGCCAAAACUCCACAGCCAGCAAAAGUGCUCCCGGCCAGGGGAUCAUUUUCGACGGUGGUCCUGACUGGCAUCUUCGUAGCGCUUUCCGUCGUCGCAGCACAGCUCAUCCGCGUUGCGACGGUAAACAAUGGAGUGUCUCAUGAUCUUGACCAGAUCGUCAGCGCGCGCAGAUUUCUCGAUCGAGGCAUAGAUCUUCGCGCCGACUACACGGGCAUCGCACCGGUCGACCAAGGUAUUGGAACUCUUAUCGCCGCCUUCAUGGCUGGUCCUGCUGGGUGGGAUGUGGGAUUCCAAGUCCAGAUGGCCUACUUUUUGGUAUCAUUCUUCUCGGUCAUUUCCAUCUGGUCGAUCGAGUCGGUGAGGAAACGAAAUGAAUUGGCAUUCAUAAGAUAUACAAGCCUGUGGGCGUUAUUUUACCAAACGGCUGGGGGGGCCAUCAUCAUUCCACUCUACUACAUCGCCUAUCUGUAUGAAUCCAGAGGCGUCAAGUACUGGGCGACGUCUCAGCGAGUAGUACCGCUUAACUAUGCGAAGGCACUUCUUCCAGCGUUGGUAAUCGGCUAUUUGAUCCCGACGCUAGCUUUGUUCAUCAAUGACUCGGACCCUGAGCAAAAGAGGAAGCAGUUUUUGAUCUUCGUUUGGCAACCCACGCCCUUAUACGUCAAUGGUAUUCUGCUCUUGCUUUCCAGAUUCUUGUCCUCGGGCAGUCCAGCGCCAGCAAAGAAAGAGAGUGCCUCCUCAGCUCCGGAUGUGAAGUAUCUCAAUACUAUCUACGUCGCGGCAUUCACCGCGACGGCUGCCGCGCACAUCGCCACGUUCUAUAUAAUUCUUACUUCGGCCGACCCACAACAUUCGUUUACGCACGUGUUUGUUAAGCCGCACGAGUGGGGACAAUCCGGUGUCACCAAGGGCUUGCAUGCGGUAUUCCAGGCAGACUAUUGGAUCAUAUUCCUUGCCUCCUUGGUGUGGGCAUAUCUUGCCGUGUUGGAUCUGAGGCGCCUGGGCAAGACUAAUGUCUCUCUUUUCACUUCCGGUACCUUGAUCGUCAUCGGAAGCGUUGCCGUGGGUCCUGCAGCCGUUCUCGCAGGCGUGUGGUACUGGAGGGAGAGUGUGAUGGUCAAACCGGACAUAUACACUCUUUGA